AUGGCACGAGAAGGUGCCGCAUCACGCCGAGCCUCGAACGCGCUCAAGGUGGCGUUUCAGCCGUUCGAUGUGGACUUCCAUCCGACGGCUCACCUGCUCAGCGUCUCCUUCAUCUCGGGUGUCGUGCAGCUUCUCAAUGUCGAUCCUACCACACUGCAAUUCGAAAGCAAGUGGAAGAAGAGGGGCCACACCGACUCCUGCCGAGCUGCACGAUUUGCUGCCAAUGGCCGAUGUGAGUGCUGGUUGCUGGGGGUGUGUGGUGCUGCUGGGGGUGUGUGGUGUGCUGCUGGGGGUGUGUGGUGUGCUGCUGGGGGUGUGUGGUGUGCUGCUGGGGGUGUGUGGUGUGCUGCUGGGGGUGUGUGGUGCUGCUGGGGGUGUGUGGUGCUGGGGUUGGUGCAGCUGAGGCUUGUGGUGUCAGCAGCAGCAGACAAGUCUAUUGUGGUUCGGGAUACGGAGACGGGGGAGCGAGUGAGCAAGGUCAUGGGCGCACACAGUGAGGGAAUCAACCGGUUGGCAUGUUGGGAUGACUCCUGUGUGGCUUCCGGUGAUGAUUCCGGCACAGUCAAGGCAUCUCAUCCCUCCCCUCCUUUGUCUACCUCUGCGCUUGCUUGUAUGCUCCUUCUCCAGCUGUGGGACUUGAGGCAGGACGGCGGUGCAGCAGGCAGCAUAGCGACCGUGCAGGGGGCAUCAGCCUAUCUCACUAGCAUAGCAUCCGGCCCCUCUUGUCCUCUGCAGGACGGCGGUGCAGUAGGAAGCACAGCAGCAGUGCACGUGGCAUCGGACUAUCUCACUCACAUUCGGCCCUUCCCCUCCUAUGUGACUCUGUUGAAGCUGUGGGACUUGAGGCAGGACGGCAGUGCAGUGGGCAGCACAGCGACCGUGCAGAUGGCAUCGCAGGACGGCAGUGCAGUGGGCAGCACAGCCACAUUAUGGGAUUUGAGGCAGGACGGCGGUGCAGUGGGCAGCACAGCGACAGUGCAAGUGGCAUCGGACUAUCUCACUGACAUCCGCCCCCUCCCCGCCUGCAACCGCCUGCUCGCCGCCAGUGGCGAUGGCUCCAUGGCUGUUGUCGACCUCGCGACCAACAGACUCACAGCACACACGGACAGCACAGAUGACGAUCUGCUUUCCAUUGUGGCAGUCAAGGCUGCUGCUGUUUUAACGGGACGUUCUCCCUCUCUUACCCUCUUCCUUAUCUGUCUGGCAUCCCCUCCCUUAUCCCCUGUCAACCCAAUAUCGCCCACCUCAGAGCGAUUCCAAGGUGGUGUGUGGCUCUCAGAGCGGGUUGCUCUUCCUCACUCCUUCUUAUCCCUUUCUCCCCCUCUCCAUUGUCUCCCCCUCCCUUCUUCUAUCCCCUGCACCCCUCAGAGCGACUCCAAGGUCGUGUGUGGCUCUCAGAGCGGGUUGCUCUACUUUUUCAACAUGAACGGAGCAGAGCGGGACAAUGCCGUUCCGCACUGCUCACAGCCUGCCUCUCGUCCAUGCGCUCUACGCCCACUUCCUGCCUCAUAUGCUCCCAUGCCCUCAUUCUCCCUCAUUCUCCGGCCCCACAUGCUCUCCCAGCUGGACGACAAGGCGCUGCUUGCAGCCUGCCUCUCGUCCAUGCGCUCUACGCCCACUUCCUGCCUCACAUGCUGUGCUCCCAUGCCCUCAUUGUCCCUUGGCCUCGGCCACACAUGCUCUCCCAGCUGGACGACAAGGCGCUGCUUGCAGCCGGCUCCCAUGGACUCAUCCAAUAGCCCACCUGCCGUCCAUGCUCUGUUCUCCCCCCUCCUGCCUCACAUGCUGUGCUCCCAUGCCCUCAUUCUCCCUCGGCCUCGGCCACACAUGCUCUCCCAGCUGGACGACAACACGCUGCUUGCAGCCUGCUCCCAUGGGCUCUUUCAAGCUGUCUCGUGCCCCCUUGCCCUCCUGCCACAUGCCCUCCCCUCCCCUUAUGCUCUCAUUCCCCAUCAGCUGGACGAUGACACGCUACUCACAGCGUGCUCCGAUGGGCUCAUUCGAGUCGUCUCGGUCUUUCCCAACCGCUUUCUAGAUGUCGUGGGCUCGCACACGGACGCUGCUGUGGAGGCACUGGGUGAGUGGGUGGGUGGGUGUGGUGGUGGGCGUGUGGGCGAGUGGUGGUUCCGUGGGUGUGUGGAUGGUGCAAUGCCAUUUCCGAGAUAA